AUGGACAGGUACCACAGAGCAGUUAAAAGGGCAAGAAAUGCAGCUGUGCCUAUGACUAAUGGGCAAUGUAGUGAUCGGGUCACUCGAAAUGCUUCCACCAAUCAGUCUCAACAAUCUGACACAGUUGUAAAUGAUGUUUGUGAUUCUCCCAUUUGCGAUAUUGAUUUUGGUGAAAUGUCAUCUGAGGAGGACAAUAUUGUAGCUGGAGUUGAGACUAAUAGAGAUUCAGGAAGUGAAUUAGGUGAUAUCCCUGAUGAAGAUAAAUCAACUCUAUCUGAGUCUGAGGAUGAAUUUGAGGAGCAUGAGUGGUUCGAUGAUUCGUUUAAUGAUGAGGAUUCUAAUGAUGAGAGGUUUGAUGGUGAUACAUCUGAUAACGAUGGACAAUUACCGGUAGCAGAGAUAGAACAAAAUCAAGAUAAUCACAUUGUUUCCUUAGAAAAAGAUCUUGCUGAAUCUGAAUACGAGAUUUGUUCAUUGCAAGAUUUGUUCAUUGCAACUGGAUAA